AUGUCUGAUCUCGGCGAGCCCAACACCACUACCGCCACCACUACCACCACCACCACCACCUCCUCCUCCAACCCACCGGCUCCUCAGGAUGUCGUUCAACAGCAGGGCCAACUCCAGCAGCCUCUGAUUCAAAAUCAGCCUGCUCCCGCCAAUGUCAACUCGACUGGCGAAAACCUGCAGUGCCAGUGGCAAGGAUGUGGCGAGCGCUGCAAUUCUCCAGAAGCCCUCUAUGAACACGUCUGUGAGCGCCAUGUCGGCCGCAAGUCCACCAACAAUCUCAACCUGACCUGCGCCUGGGGCCAGUGUCGUACCACCACCGUCAAGCGCGACCACAUCACCUCCCACAUCCGGGUCCACGUCCCCUUGAAGCCUCACAAGUGCGAAUUCUGUGGAAAGGCCUUCAAGCGCCCCCAAGAUCUCAAGAAACAUGUCAAGACCCACGCAGAUGAUAGUGUCAUCAUGCGUUCUCCCAAUAUGGACUCAAAUGGUGGACAGCGUCAACCACAGAACGGCAUGCCUCAAGGUGGGGACUACAACGCCUCAUACUAUGGUCACGGUCUGACAGGACAAGUCCCCCCCAACUACUAUGCCCCUGCCAUGCCCGGUCCUCAGGACUAUGCCGGCCAGCAUCAUCCAAAUCAAUACUAUCAGCCUCAUCCUCAAGUCCCGGCUGGCCAACACCCAGGAUAUGGUCCAGUGACCUAUUACAGUACUGCCCCGCAAACCACCUACGACUUCGAGGCUCGCAAACGCGGCUAUGAUGCUCUGGACCAUUUCUUUGGCCAGGUCAAGCGUCGAGAGCUUGACCCAAUCAAUUUCCACAAUGUCAGCCGUCGUCUCUUCGAACUUCAGGGUCUUCAGCUGCCUCAAAUCAUCCCUUCCACCGUUUCGGUGCCUGCUUAUCAGCCUGUGUCGGUUGGCGGAGCUUAUGAACAAGCGGACCCCAUUCAAGCUUACAGCCUGCCCCCCAUGGGCAACGCAAAGACCCGAGGCGACUUGACUUCCAUCGAUCAGAUCCUCGAACAGAUGCAAGCGACCAUCUAUGAGAAUGACACCCAUCUUUCCCAAACCGGUGUUGCUCCUGCAGGCUCCGGCUACGUUGGCUACUCCCGCGCGAGCAAUAGCCCGCCUAGCACUGGCAAUCAUCCGUCCACUGCAGCGCACAGCAAUCCCGCAUCUCUGCUCCAACAUCAACAUCAGGGGAGCGUUGCAAGCACCACCGAUGCCAGCACUCCCGGUCUCACCCCACCGUCUUCGGCUCAGAGCUACACGUCCGGUCAGAGCCCUCUCCAAAAUCAUGCUGCUCCGACCACCGGCGCCAUGUAUCCCAGCUUACCGUCCACUGCCAGUGACAUGGCCUAUGCGGCUGCCAAUGCCGCCACUCUCAGCGGCAUCUACGAAAAUGAUCAACGUCGCCGUUACAGUGGUGGCAUGCUUCAACGCGCCGCUCCAGCCAAGGGUAAGGAUGAUAUGGAUGUUGUUAGUGACGGCUCCAUCACUCCACCGGCCUCCUCCACCGUCCACAAGCCAUCCAAGGGCAAGAAGAAAGCCUCUCCUCAAGACAGUGUGAUUGAUCCCGCCCUUUCUGGAGACGCUAGCACUCCCAAGAGUGACACCAAAGAUCCCGACCAAGAGCAAAUCUGGGUCCAGAAUAUGCGUCUGAUUGAGUGGAUGCGUGAUUACAUCAAGAAGAGGCUUCAGAGCGGUGAAUUCGAAGAAGAUGAUGGCAAGGAAUCUUCACCCAAGCACGGCGGCGAACUCGACACCGACAUGACUGGCAGUGACGACCGCAAAGACAAGUCCGAGGAGGAACAACUCUAUCCCGUCCUCAGACACGUUGAGGAGAGUGCAUAG